ACGCUUCAAACCCCCCCCCCCCCAAAACCGUUUCUCUUUCUCUCCUCCUCCUCUAUAUCCCUCACUCACUCACACACUCGCCGACACAUUUUAGAAGAACAUCUCCGUCUCUUUGUUUCGACAUCGAGAUUACUCGAUCUACUGGUGGGCAUGGAGAGAUAAUGAGGAGGAAUCAACGGCCAGGAUUGCUGUCAUCGAAACCACUAUCAAUAUGUCGUUAUCAUGUCCCGAUCGCUUCACGGACUUGCUCUGCGCCGAGGAUUCCGACGAGGUGUUAUCUAGCGAUUCCCCGGUGUUUUCGUCGGAUCUGAAGUCUCCGGCGACUUCCAUCGAGGAAUCCUCCAUCGAUGGCUUCAUUGAAGACGAAACGAACUUCGUCCCCGGAUUCGAUUACUUGGCUCGGUUUCAGUGUCAAUCUCUUGACGCGUCGGCUCGAGAGGAAUCUGUUGCGUGGAUUCUAAAGGUGCAGUCAUACUACAAUUUGCAGCCUUUGACGGCCUAUCUUUCCGUGAACUAUUUGGAUCGGUUUUUGUAUUCCCGCCGCUUGCCGGAAAAUAGUGGGUGGCCAUUGCAACUUUUAUCUAUCGCUUGCUUGUCGUUAGCGGCGAAGAUGGAGGAACCUCUUGUUCCCUCUCUUAUAGAUCUCCAGGUAGAGGGAGCGAAAUACAUUUUUGAACCAAAAACAAUUCAAAGAAUGGAACUGCUUGUGCUGACGGUUCUGGAUUGGAGACUGCGAUCAGUAACGCCAUUCUGUUUCAUUGAUUUCUUUGCAUGCAAGCUCGACCCAACCGCAACUUUUCUGGGCUUCUUGAUUUCAAGGGCAUCGGAUAUUAUUUUAUCCAAUAUCAAAGAGGCGAGCUUUCUAGAGUAUCGGCCGUCAAGUAUUGCUGCGGCGGCGAUACUUUGUGCGGCCAACGAAAUCCCAAACUUGUGCCUUUUCAAUCCUGAACAUGCGGAGUCAUGGUGUGAUGGACUAAACAAGGAGAGAAUCCUAAGCUGCUACAGAUUAAUGCAAGAGCUCGUGGAAGACAAUGCGAGGAGGAAACAACCAAAGGUGUUACCACAGCUUCGGGUAACGAUCCGAGGCCGAAUGAGACCAAGUGACUCAUCUUCCUCAUCUUCUUCAUCUUCUUCAAUCAAACGGAGAAAAUUAAAUAGCUGGUUCCGAGUGGAUGAUGACAGAAACUGCAAGUAAGAAAACAAUAAAGAAAAGGAUAAAAAUGGUGGCCCAAGUUGUUUAGAAACCUAAAUAUAUAUAAUUUUGGUGUGGGUCAGGGUUUUGAGAGAAAAUUGACAUGCAAGAGUAUAUACAUAUGUGCAUGUAAAAAAAAAGAAAAAGAAGAGUUUGGCGAGUUUGCAUAUUUAUUAAAUAUAAUUUCGUUGGUGGGAAUGGGUUUGCAGAUUCCCAAGGGAGUGUAAAUAUUUUAAGUGUGAUGGGUGGUCCCUUAGGCCGAGGGGGAGCCGAAGCAGAGAGAUUGGGUCGGCCGAUUUAGGGAUCAAAACGUUGAAGUUUGGGGGCCGAGUGGAUUGUGUGUUCACGCAUUUGGCAUGUGUGGAACACACGUGUUUAUGUGUGCUUUUUUUGGCGGGAAUGCCUUUCUUUCUUUCUUUCUUCGUUCAUCUUCAUUUCUUUCUACGUUUUACGCCUCGCGUGUGAUGGAGACACGUGUGUGCAUAUAUUUGUUCCCCUUUGAGGUUUUUUUUUUGUUGGAAAUUUCCUCUAGAGGAGGAGGAAAAUCUGUUUCAUGACCAGUUUUUGGUUCAUAAACAAAUAUACGAAGGUCUUUGGGGCCUUUCUAAGCUUGUUGUAUUCGAACCGUGAAUAAAUAAAAAUAAUAUUAUAAUAUCA